AUGUCCAAUGAUACCACUAAGAAUGAUCCAAUUACUAACAAAUCAAAUGACAAAGAUAGCAAGGAUGAAAGACAAAGAAAAAGAUUAGAACAAUUAAAUGCUUGGAGACAGAAAAAGCAACAAGAUGAGACAAAAACUGAAGAAGAUACAAAUGAUGAUGACGAAAAUCAAAGAAAGAGAAGAGAAAGAUUGUUAGCUUGGAGGAAGAAGAAACAAGAACAACAAAACUCGGGAAAUAUUACAUCCUCAUCACCAACGAAUUCAGAUAAAAGUCCAAUAAUUAAUACGUCAAUAACAAAAAUCAUCAAACCAAAGUCGCAUAGAAAGAUUCCACGAGCGAGACCAGAAUUUGAAGAUGAUGAUCAACCAAGAUUAAAGAAAAAACCUAAUUUUGAAGCACCAAAAUUUCAAAAUAUUAAAAAGCUCAAAGAAUCAUCGCAAGAUCUAGAUGAAUUAGAUUCUUUUAUUGAUUUGUUGGAAAAUGAAAAUGGAGGAGUAUCAAAUUUGAUUGACAAAGAAGAAGGUGAUAUUUUUUCAGAGACGGAAGAUGCAAUUGAAGAAGAUAAAGAUAUACAAAGUAUUAUUGAUUCAAAAUUAGCUAAACUUGGAAAUAUCAAAACUUUGAAAGAAAUUGAUCAUUCUAAAAUAAAUUAUAAUAAAUUUGAAAAGAAUUUUUAUCAAGUACCUUUUGAGAUUUCUAAUAAGUCGGAUGAAGAAUUAGCAUUACUGAGAUUAGAUUUGGAUAACAUUAGAGUUAAAGGUUCUAAUAUUCCAGCUCCUUUCACCAAUUGGUCUCAACUUAUUUUGCCAGCAACAAUGACGAGUGUCAUAAACGAUUUAAACUUUACAAAACCGUCAUCUAUCCAAUCUCAAGCAAUCCCAAUUGUUCUUUCAGGUCGGGAUUUGAUUGCAAUUGCUAAAACAGGAUCUGGAAAAACAUUAUCAUAUGUUAUACCGAUGAUGAGACAUAUAUUUGAUGUCAGUGAAGGCCCCACAGCACUUAUUUUGUGUCCAACUAGAGAGCUAGCGUUGCAAAUUGAAAAAGAAGUGUCAAAUUUUUCCAAAAAAAUGAACAAAAAAGUAGUUUGUUGUUAUGGUGGUUCUAAAAUCGAAACUCAAAUUAGUGAAUUAAAAAAAGGUGUUGAUAUUAUCGUUGCUACUCCAGGAAGAAUGAUAGAUUUAUUAGCAGCAAAUGGUGGUAGAGUAGUUUCAUUAAAAAGUACAACAUUUGUGGUUUUGGAUGAAGCUGAUAGAAUGUUUGAUCUUGGCUUUGAACCGCAAAUUAAUAAAAUUUUAUCUCAAAUACGACCUGAUAAACAAAUUGUAUUAUUUUCAGCUACAUUUCCUAAAAAAUUGGAACAUUUAGCUAAAGAAAUAUUGAAGGAUCCUAUUGAAGUAAUAGUUGGAGGAAUUGGUGUUGUGGCUAGUGAAAUUGAGCAGAAAAUUGUGUUAUUCGAAGAGGACAAUGAUAAUCGAAACGAGAAAUUAUAUGAGAUUUUAUCCACUGUCGAUGAUAAAGCCAAUGAUAAAGUUCUCAUCUUUGUUGAAAAACAAUCAGAAGUAGAUAAAUUAGUUUCGAAUUUAUUGAUGAAAAAAUUUCCUUGCGUUUCAAUUCAUGGUGGUAAAGAUCAAUUGGAUAGAAAAUACGCUAUCAAAGAAUUUUCCUCUCCUACUAGUGGCGUCAACAUUUUAAUAGCAACAUCGAUAGCUGCUAGAGGAUUGGAUGUUAAAAAUUUAUCCUUAGUAAUUAAUUACGAUCCACCAAGUCAUUUAGAAGAUUAUGUUCAUCGGGUUGGUAGAACAGGGAGAGCUGGUGCUAAAGGUGAAGCAAUUACAUUUGUAUUCAAACUGCAGGAGAAAGAAAUAAACAUCUUGGUUAAAGCAUUAAAGUCCAGCUCGAAAGAAAUACCUUCGGAAUUAUUAGAUAUAUCAGAAAAUUUUUUUAAGAGGGUUAAAGAUGGAGGAAUUAAAACUGGUUUUGGAUUUGGUGGAAAAGGAUUGGAUAAUUUGCAACAAGUAAGGGACCAAAAAAUAAAAAUGGAAAAGAGAAUGUAUGAACAUGUGGAAGAUGAGAAAGUUAAUUCAACAAGUAAACAGCAAUCUCCAACACCAAUAAGUAUGAGUUUACCAACAUUUGAAAUAAUCGAAGGAAAUUCUCCAGAAACAUCAGGUCCAGAUAAGUGUAAAUUUCAUAGCAGAAUCACUAUCAAUGAUUUACCACAAUCUGUUAGAUGGGGCAUAGUUCAAAGAGAAAGUUUAACAAAAAUUAUUGAAGAAAGUAGAACUUCAAUUACCACUAGAGGUAAAUUCUACCCUUCAGGUCAACAACAAAAACCUAAUGAUGAACCAAAAUUAUAUUUAUUAGUAGAAGGUUUGACUAAACAAUCUGUUGAGGAUGCCAAUACUAUUAUCAAGGAAAAGAUGAUACAAGGUAUUGAAUCGCUUCGAAAUAAUGAUAAUGGUAACACUGGUAAAUAUUCUGUUAUAUAG